GGUUCAAGAUGGCGCUGCCCGUGCGGACUAACAUCAAACAUCUCUUCAGAUUCAUUCAGAAGUUUAAUUCUCCUAAAAAAUGUCUAUGCUCUGCUGCAUCAACGGGGCACAAGCCUCCAGGAGGUGGUCGUGUUUUCUCGGGGAUCCAGCCGACAGGGGUGCCCCACUUGGGCAACUACCUUGGUGCCCUGGAGAACUGGGUGGCCCUGCAGAACCAGUAUCCUUCAGUGCUUUACAGCAUUGUGGACCUGCACUCCAUCACACAGCCUCAGGACCCGGCACAACUCAGGAGCAACAUCUUGGACAUGGCAGCCAGCCUGCUGGCCUGCGGCAUCGACCCGGAGAGGGCGGUUCUCUUCCAGCAGUCUCAGGUGUCCGAGCACACUGAGCUCUCCUGGAUCCUCGGCUGUCUGACCAGCAUGCCCCGCCUCCGACACCUACCGCAGUGGAAGAUGAAAAGCAAACAAAAGAAUGAAGGCAGCGUUGGUCUCUACACGUAUCCUGUCCUCCAGGCUGCAGAUAUCCUCCUCUACAAGUCCACUCACGUCCCCGUCGGAGAGGAUCAGGUCCAGCAUUUAGAGCUGGCUCAGCAUCUCGCUCGCAUCUUCAACAACCACUACGGAGAGCUGUUCCCUGAACCCGGCGCCCUGCUCAGCUCAACACGAAAGGUCAAAUCCCUCCGUGACCCGUCCGCCAAAAUGUCCAAAUCUGACCUGCAGGCGAUGGCAACGAUCGCCAUCACAGACUCUCCCGAUGAGAUCGCCCUCAAGGUCCGCCGCGCUGUCACCGACUUAACCUCCGAGGUCACCUUCGACCCAGAGAAGCGGCCAGGCGUGUCCAACCUGGUGACGAUCCAUGCUGCCAUGGCGAUGAUCAGCGUGGAGGAGGCGGUGUUACUGGCCAGAGGGCUGGACACUGGAGCCUAUAAAAACCUGGUCGCGGAGGCGGUGAUCCAGAGGCUGACGCCCAUCAGGGAGGAGAUCGAGAGGCUGCGGGCGGACCAAGCUCACCUGGAGGCGGUGCUGGAUCAGGGGAACCGCAGGGCUCGAGAACUGGCGGGGCCGGUCCUCAGAGAGGUCCGACAGAGAGUUGGCUUCUGCUGAGAGGCUGAGCUCAGAACUUCACUGCAGCUGAGUUCAAGUUUUAUUCCAACAAUCUGUUUACAUCUGCAAAAUGUUUAAGCACGUAACUCAUUUGAUCGCAAAACGUGUUGAAAGCAAAGACUCAACGUCAUGAUCAGACUUCAGACUGAUGGACAGACAAGCUUUUUGUUAUUUGUCCAAAGAAAUUAAUGUUGUUUAUAUCUUUGGACACUACCAAGCAAGAGAAAAAAGAUGUCCUUUUUUAUACAUGUACUACACACUUGUUUUGAGGACAUUGCAUCUUAUUUACUCAUCUCAUCUACUCAAGUUUUGGCUGUAUGUGUUUGCCCAAAUACAGCCCAGUCACCAGAAAAAGGUUUGUGCAAAUCACAGAUACGUUGACAUUCAUAUUUGGCACCUUUUAGCGUCCGUAUGAGCUGCCUCGUGCUUUUAACUAUCUCCAAUGUAAAAUCCUCCAAUGUUUAGACACUUGAAGCAGGAAAUCUGGAAGUCAGGUGAUGUGUUGAGUGUCAAACUCUCCUUGUCAGAAGAAGGUCGGUGUGGAGAGUGUUUUGUGUCCAUUGAAUUUUAAACUGAACUUAACGAACAAAGGUGAUCAUUUUAACCCAAACCAUGAUCUUGUCCUAAAACUUAACAUGUACUUUUGUUGCAUAACCUCACAAAGUUGCCUAGCUUUUGUUUUAAUUCAACGUUAAGCACUUGUUUAAACUCGCCUCUGUGGAGCAUCAAACGAUGUUACCCAGGGCUCCAAAAAGACAAAAUACUAGUAUGAGAAGAGGUUGCACCAGUUCAUAAACUUCUAAAAGUCAAUGCUUCUGUGGUUUGCAGAUAUGCCAACAUUUUAUUUUUUUGCCGGCAGGGUUGGUAAAUACCACACAUAUUUAUUUAUAUUUUUUCCAGCCUUCUUGUUCUCAGAGGUGAACUGAUGUGCUGCCAGAAUGAGGAUUACUUUAAAAAAAAA